GGUCAGGGUGGGGCGGCUCUGUGUGCCUCCUGAGCCUUGGCAGGGCUUUAUCUCCCCUCCCCAGGGAAGCUAGGAGGCAGCUGGGGGCGGGGCUGCUCCGGCCUCUUCCCCCAUCAGAUCAGAGCACACCCGGGGAGAAGCAGCCUUCUGGAGCCUGUCAGGGGGCAGCGGGGGUGCCCGUGCCCACAUGCCGGGGAAGGAGCCCCGAUUUCGGGCCCUGAAGAAAUGCCAGCCCGCUCUCCCCGCCUCCACCUGAUGCCCCCCAUUCCCCAGUAACCCCCAAUCCAGCCAGUGCAGCAUCUGAAGAUGGCGUCAGAGCGGGGCGGGGCUUCUUCCCGGCCAGUCCCGGGCCCUUCCCAGCCCGAGGCUCCCUUUUCUCCCCUGAGGCCAGGAAAGGCCAAAGAGCCCCUCUGAGCCCUCCCCUUCUCCCCCCAGGCGCACACAGAGCAUGUCUCCCCCCUCGGGGCUGCCACCCCCUGAAGCACCCCAGGGUGGCCCCGCAGCCAGAGAAAUGGCCCCCGGGACCCCGAGGUCCCCCUCCCAGUUUCUUUCAGUUAUUUGAUGAGGGUUGUACUAGUUGGAUUCCGAAGGUUCAGCUUUGUGUCUCAUGACGUUUGCUGGUUUAGGGAUUAAUAACACUCAAGGAUGUGACUGUGGACUUCACCCAGGAAGAAUGGGUCCUGUUGGACCAUUCUCAGAAAGAGCUGUACCUGGAGAUCAUGCUGGAGAAUGUACAGAAUCUACUCUCUGUGGGCCUUCUAGUUCCUAGAGAAAAUUGUAUCUCCUGUUUUCAGCAAUGGGAAGCACCAUGGCUGCUAGAUCAAGAAUUUCCAAGGAGCUCGUGUCCAGAGGGAAAGAGUAAUUUUGAAGUGAAGGAGAUGUUUGAGAAGUUGAGUCAUUGUGUGGAAGUAUGUGGCCCUCAAAGAUUCAUGACCGAGGUUCCCUGCAACUUUAUUUUGAGAGAAAUCUGUGACUCUAAUAUGAAGGUAAAUAAAAAUCCAAAGAGUGACUGUGAAUUCCAUGAAACUCUAGAGAAAUCCAGCCAAUAUUCCGUGCUAAAUAGGUAUACAAAAUUGACCUCCAGGAAUGAGUGUUGUCAGGAUAGUAAAUCCAGCAAGUGCUUUCCUGAAGAAGGACUUAUUCACUCCUCUGAGAAAUCUCCAGAAAUGCCCAUGUAUAAAGGCACCCUAGGGAGAUUGGCCUUUGGCUGCCAUUUAGAACUCAUUAAACAUCCAAAAAGUAAACAUGUAAAUAUGGUUUGUGUGAGUAAUAAAGGAAGGAGACCUUUUAGUCAGAACUCUGAGAUUGCUGUACAUCAAAUAAUCCAAUGUGGAGAGAAAUCUUAUGAAUGUAAGCAAUGUGGAAAGAUUUUUACACACAAGUGCCAUCUUGCUUCUCAUCAGAGAAUCCACACUCGAGAGAAACCUCUUGAACAUAAACAAUGUAGAAGGUCUUUUACAUGGAAGGGCCAUCUUGCUGCUCAUCAGAUUAUCAACACUGGAGAGAAACCUUAUGGAUGUAAACAGUGUGGAAAGGCUUUCACAGAGAGUCGCUCUCUUACUGUACAUCAGAGGAUCCACACUGGAGAGAAACCUUAUGAAUGUAAACACUGUGGAAAGACUUUCACCGAGAGGUGCUCUCUUGUUGUACAUCAGAGAAUCCACACUGGAGAAAAACCCUUUGAAUGUAAACACUGUGGAAAGGCGUUCAGACAGAGGAGCAAUCUUGCUGUACAUCAGAGAAUCCACACUGGAGAGAAACCUUAUGGAUGUAAACACUGUGGAAAAGCUUUCACAAAUAGUGGCUCUCUCAUUGUACAUCAGAGAAUCCACACUGGAGAGAAACCUUAUGGAUGUAAACAGUGUGGAAAGGCUUUCACAGAGAGUCGCUCUCUUACUGUACAUCAGAGGAUCCACACUGGAGAAAAACCUUAUGAAUGUAAAUACUGUGGAAAGACUUUCACAGAGAGGCGCUCUCUUGUUGUACAUCAGAGAAUCCACACUGGAGAAAAACCCUUUGAAUGUAAACACUGUGGAAAGGCUUUCGGAGAGAGGAGCAAUCUUGCUAGACAUCAGCGAAUCCAUACUGGAGAGAAACCUUAUGGAUGUAAACACUGUGGAAAAGCUUUCACAAAUAGUGGCUCUCUUACUGUACAUCAGAAAAUCCACACUGGAGAGAAACCUUUUGAAUGUAAACACUGUGGAAAAACUUUCACAGAUAGUAGGUCUAUUACUGUACAUCAUAGAAUCCACACUGGAGAGAAACCUUAUGGAUGUAAACAGUGUGGAAAGGCUUUCACAGAUAGUGGUUCUCUUAAUGUACAUCAGAGAAUCCACACUGGAGAGAAACCUUAUGAAUGUAAACACUGUGGAAAGACUUUCACAGAGAGGCGCUCUCUUGUUGUACAUCAGAGAAUCCACACUGGAGAAAAACCCUACAAAUGUAAACACUGUGGAAAGGCUUUCAGACAGAGGAGCAAUCUUGUUGUACAUCAGAGAAUCCACACUGGAGAGAAACCUUAUGGAUGUAAACACUGUGGAAAAGCUUUCACAAAUAGUGGCUCUCUCAUUGUACAUCAGAGAAUCCACACUGGAGAGAAACCUUAUGGAUGUCAACAGUGUGGGAAGGCUUUCACAGAUGGUCGCUCUCUUACUGUACAUCAGAGGAUCCACACUGGAGAGAAACCAUAUGAAUGUAAACACUGUGGAAAGACUUUCACAGAGAGGCGCUCUCUUGUUGUACAUCAGAGAAUCCACACUGGAGAAAAACCAUAUAAAUGUAAACACUGUGGAAAGGCUUUCAUACGGAGGAGCAAUCUUACUAGACAUCAUAGAAUCCAUACUGGCGAAAAACCCUAUAAAUGUCAACACUGUGGUAAGGCUUUCAGACAGAGGAACAAUCUUGCUGUGCAUCAGAAAAUCCACACUGGAGAGAAACCUUAUGGAUGUAAACAGUGUGGAAAGGAUUUCACAAAUAGUGGUUUUCUCAUUGUACAUCAUAGAAUCCACACUGGAGAGAAACCUUAUGUAUGUAAACACUGUGGAAAGACUUUCACAGAGAGGCGCUCUCUUGUUGAACAUCAGAGAAUCCACACUGGAGAGAAACCUUAUGAAUGUAAACAGUGUAGGAAAGUUUUCACACGUAGAAACAGUCUUGCUAGUCACCAGAGAGUUCACACUGGAGAGAAGCCUCAUGAAUGUAAACAAUGUGGAAAGGCUUUUACAAGGAAGAACACUCUUGCCACACAUCAGAGAAUCCACACUGGGGAGAAACCUUAUGAAUGUAAUCAUUGUGGAAAGGCUUUCACCCAGAGGGCCUCUCUUACAAAACAUCAGAGGAUCCACACUGGAGAGAAACCUUUUGAAUGUAAACAGUGUGGAAAAGCUUUUAUAGAUAGUGGCUCUCUUACUAAACAUCAGAGGAGCCACACUGGGGAGAAACCUUAUGAAUGUAAACACUGUGGAAAAGCUUUCACAAAUAGGUUCCAUCUUGCUAGACAUCAGAGAAUCCACACUGGAGAUAAACCUUAUGAAUGUAAACAGUGUGGAAAUACUUUCACACGGAAGGGCUCUCUUACUCAACAUCAGAGGAUUCAUACUGGAGAGAAACAGUUUUCUGUGGAUUGAAAAAUUAGUGCUAUUCUCAAGAUAAUAGUUAUUAAUAAUUAAGUUAGUAAACCUGGUCUCCAGUCUUUCCCCACCUCUUCCAUCAAGCUCCCAUCAAGACAAGAUUACCCCACCCUCCAUCUUUCUCCCUGUAGGACAAAAACUUUACAGCCUGUAAAUGUUUGGGUUUGUAAAUGUUCGGACUGUUCUUAGAUCCUCACAUGAUCAAAUCUGAAGUUCCCUUUUGUCUUAGAAGUUCUUCCCAUUGAAUCAAAGGCUUCCCUUAAGUAGUCAAGCCCAGUGGUUGGAAUGAUACUAUGUACCCAUUGUAAAACUUCAGCCCCUGCCAGAUAAUCCAGUUCCCCAGAACUUCCCUCUUUGCAUCUGUCUCCAGCUUCCUCAUCAUUUUUAAACAAUGUUAAUUUCCUUGAAUGUAUCCAUUGCAAAUCGAUUCAACUUAAUAUUCCUAUCCUUUCAUUUCUAGAAUUGAACCAUUGUAAAAAUGUUAUCCCUUCAGGGAGGCUUGAUUGCUUCAGCAUUCUCCUAGAAAUAAGGGAUUUUUCUGUGUAUUUGGGGGGUAUUUUUCUUAGGUCUAUGGCUUAAGAUAAUGCUCCAUAUUUUUUCUCUCUCUCUCUCUCUCACUCAAUAAAGCAUUGCAUAUUAA